GCAAAUGAUGAAAUUGCUGGUGACGCUGAACCAUUGAGAUUAAUUGGGAGGAAUAUAAGCUUCUCUCCAGUGCCACAGACUCAGUCUAUCGUUCGAUCGGAUCGCGAAGAACACUCCCGCCAGACGCGCACGUGAUUCAGAAUAACAUUACAUUCCUUCCCAUUCCCAACAAUUCCGCGCCGAAUGCUGGAGGGCAGCCAGUGAGGGAAAAAUUCGUUAGAGUGCCAGUUUCGAGCGUGAGCGGCAGAAGGCAACUUUCUGGUGUGACUUUGUGCCAAAAGUGAACUUUUUUCCUCUCUGUGCAUAUUUAUAACUUUUUAAUUGAAAUGCGUAGAAUACCAGAAUAACCCGGGAAAUUAGACGUGAACAAAUUAAUUUGCACUAACUUCCUCAAGUACUUUUUAGCCCCUUCAUCUUGCGCAAACUUUUGCCCUUUCGCACAAUGUUUUUCCGGAGAAAAGUCGCAAUCUCACCACCAGAGGCAGGAAAUCGCGUCGCGAAUCCGUCUGGCCAGCAAAUCCCAUCCAUUGACCUGAACAUGAGCGGACAGCCCAGAGACGAGGAGGCGCAGAAGGUGAAUCUCUUUCAUCAGCGCGAACCAGAAAAUGAAGAGUUUGAUGACGACAAGCCAAAGAUAUGGAACAAAACAGUGAAGCACUGGCCAGUAAUCUCGCAGCCUCUGAGUCUGCUGGUGAUCUUCCUGCUCAUGUGGGGUGUGGGCUACUCCGUUGUGCCGCAGUACACAUCUCCGGACAGUCCCUUCAUGCGGAUGGUCUUCCUGUUCAUCGGCGGACAAACGUGCGGCAUCCUGGUGAGCUUCGUCGGACUUCCGGACAUGCUGGGCAUGAUUGGCUGGGGCGUCUUCUACAGAAACAUCGGUCUCGGCACAUUUGUCGGUCUCCAAGGCCUCGAGGCGAUUCUGAGAGAAUUGGCUCUGGUUAACAUAAUGCUGCUGGCAGGAUUAGGACUGGAUCUGGAUGCUCUGCGGAAGCUCUUUGGCAUGGUGAUGAAAAUCACUCUCAUCCCGACAGCCGCAGAGACGGUCAUCGUGGCUGUCCUGGCUGUAUUCCUCUUCCAAAUGCCCUGGCUCUGGGGCUUCCUUCUCGGGCUUGUGGUCACCGCGGUGUCCCCGAACGUCGUCAUCAGCAUCCUUCUGCAGCUAAAAGAGCAGCGGCUGGGACUCAAUAAAGGCAUUCACACCCUCAUAAUUGCUAUGACCAGCUGCAACGAUGUCAUCGCCAUCUUCUGCUUCGGUGUUGUGCUCGGUGUCAUAUUCUCCAGUGGCAAUCUCACUGACCAACUCUUGCAGGGGCCAAUUGGCAUUGUCCUGGGCCUUGUGGCGGGCUUUGGAAUGGGCGUUUUCCUCACCCUCAUGCCAUCCAAUAAAUCCACGUACUCCACCGGGCUCAGGGUGGCCACAAUAGUGCUGGCCGGAGUGCUGGGCGUCGUGGGCAGUAAGGCCAUCGGCUAUCCGUCAGCCGGCGCCCUCUCGUGCAUCGUGGUGUCUUUCGUGGCGGGCACGGGCUGGCGAAAGAAGCACGCAAGGGAGGCGGCCGACGUCACGACUUACUUGGAUUUAAUGUGGAAGUUCAUGAAGCCAAUCUCCUUCUCCAUGAUCGGCAAAGAGGUGGCAUUCAAUCUCCUUGAGGGCGAAACUGUGCUCUACGGCUUCGUUGUCCUCAUCGUUGGCGUUCUUGUUCGUGUGGUCUUUGCCUAUGCAUCACUGUUGGGCGGUAAACUGAACUGGAAGGAAAAAGCCUAUGUUACGAUCUCGUCAUGUCCCAAGGCGACUGUUCAGGCCGCUCUCGGACCUGUUGCACUCGAUUUAGCACGCAAAAUGGAUUCUUCUGGCGAAACGCUGGCGUUCGCCAAUCAAGUCCUCAUCGUAUCAGUGCUGGCCAUCACGGCCACGGCGCCCUUAGGGGCGCUCCUCAUGACCAAAUUGGCACCGUCAUGGCUGAAGAGAAGCCCGCCGGCCACAAUGGACGCCAACGGAGCAACAGCGGACCGCUUCUAGCCCCAAAUGGAUUUCCCCAUGUGGGUCAGUCUUUCACAUGUGAUUAUUCAUUGCUUCUCCCACUGUUUCUGCCCGUUGACUUCCUGCAAGUCACCCGGAGGGACGCCUUUUUGGGGCCAGAGGCGGAAUCAUCCAUUUUAUACCUCAUUUCAUCGAUUAUGGAGCUUAUCUGGGCAUCUUCCAUGGCUAAAUUGGAAGCGUACAGAAAAAAUUUCAUCCUCGCCAUAAAGCAAAUAGCUAUAAGAGAGAUGGUAUAGAAGUGAUAAGAGUUGGAAAACCCUAUGAAUCUUACUUAGUUUUGUACUUAAGAGAAAUAUAUUGUUCAAUUUGUGACUUAAUUUAGGAAAAUAAAUGUUCUCA